AUGGCCGAUCCUAUAACCUACGCAGAGCUGAACUUUCUGAAAAAAAAACAGGAGAGUUCUGUGCGCACAGAUGGCUCUCAGAAUCUGCACAGUGAAGAAGAUAAACAUGUGACCUCAGGGGACAAAGUAUUGAGAUCCUCUAAGGGGUCCUCCAGCAAACACCAGAAGUGUAUUUAUUCUGCGCUGACGUUGUGUUGUCUUGUUCUGCUAAUAACAACCGUUACACUGGCGGUAAAAUAUGUGGAAGUUUCCAGAGAAAUGAAAUGUAAUACAAAUGCGUCGAUUGCACUAAAUAGCAGUUUGUCUAUGAACAUCGGGGAUAAAGAGUUUGAGCUAAAACACAUAGAGGAACUUCAGGACAAAUGUAACCAGACUGAAGAGAGACUGAAAGCUGAAGUAACUGCAACUAAAGAGAAACUAAUAAAAGGUUAUUGUCAAGACGACUGGAUGCGCGUUAAACACAAAUGUCUGUAUUUCUCUGAAACUAGAAAGAGCUGGUAUCAAAGCCGUGAUGAUUGUUUAAGGAAGAACGCUACACUUCUCAUUAUUAAACAGGAGGAUACACACCUGCAGAUGUUGCUGGAAAUGAUACAAGAACAAUUUUAUAUAGGACUUAAGAUACACACAGAUGGGCAAUGGCACUGGUUAGAUGGAUAUCUAGCAUCUGCAAAUUAUGAGAAUGGUUACUGUGGCGUAUUGUUUAGAAAUACUCCGUAUAGUACACCCUGUAAAACAGAAUAUCGAUGGAUCUGUGAGAGAAAACCAGCUUUGAUCUAACACCAGAGUCACUGGGAUUGUCGUGUUUACCAGGAGAUGCUUCUCUCAGCGCUGUGAUGAUCUCUUUAUAAGAUACAGAUGUGUUAUAAAUAACUAUUGCCUGGGACUCUGCUAGUUGUACAGAACUACAUGGUCCUUAGCCCUGGGUUACAGAUGAUCUCCCUCCCUGUCCGACCCUAUGCUACUCACUUAUAGUAUCAUAUACAGUUCUCACAAACCAAUCAUUUUACUCUAUAAUUGCCAGUAACAUACAUAAAACAUUAAUUCAGUUUGUGGCAUCAGCACAUAGAAAUGUGAUUUGUCUCUUUAGCUACCAGUAACACCCAGAGAUUUACCCCCCCUCCCAAGAUCUUAUAAUAAAAGAAUCAUGUAAAUGUAUCCCACACCACACAGACCAAUGAUCUUAUUCCCAACGUCCAGUAAUAUACAGAGAUAUAUGAUUUUACAGAUUUGUAACAGUAACACACAUGACUGAUAUUGUACUUCACACUAAAGUAAUAUACUGCUGUAAUGUAAUAUAGUUCUGGCUAUUACAUAUACAUUAAUUGCAACACACACCUAGAUACCAUGUUCUGCAAACAGCAGAUACAUAGGGGCCUAUUUAACAUUGUGCGAGCGGACAUGAUCCGAUAUUGCGGAUCAUGUCCGCUGCACAUCGAUAAAUGCAGACAGCAUACGCUCUCGGCAUUUAUCAUAGCACCAGCAGUUCCAGCUAGGCCACUAGCAGGGGGUGUCAAUUAACCCUAUCGUAUUUGAUCGGGUUUAUUUCCUGCGAUGUCUGUCCACCUCCUGAGAACAGGCGGACAGGUCAUGAAGCAGCGGUCUUUAGAACACUGCUCCAUAACUUGUGUUUCUGGCGAGUCUGAAGGCUCGCUAGAAACACGGGGCAUUAAACUCCGUUUGGAGCUUGAUAAUUCAGUCCCAUGCUAUCAUUCAUACAUUGGUCGUUACCCACUGAUGUACCCUGUUCUGUAUAUUAAAUGGAUGUUACAUAUAUAAA